GUUACAGAACUGCAACAGCUACCAUGCUAGUCCGAUAGUUACCGGGCAUACGAAUAACGAGUGUGAAGAAAAUAAAUGAAUUCAGAUUUUACUGGUUGUUGAUUGGCACGGUUUUUACUAUAGACCGCACGCACACUUUGCUUAUAAACAACAUCAAAAAUGGCUCGUGUGGUGCAACGAUCACUUGCUGCUUUACUCUUUCUGCCACUUUGGAUUUCAGCACAGGCAUCGACUCAGUGCCGGUGCUAUCCCGGUGAUUCAUGUUGGCCUACCGAUAACGAAUGGACUGCUUUUAACUCUACUUUGGGAGGGAACCUCAUUAAAACAGUACCAACAGCGUAUCCAUGUUAUGGCGACCGCUCUAGCAAUGCCGAAUGCCUCAACGUAAAGGCAAACUACAACAAAGAAGGAUACCUGCGCAGUAUUCCCGGCAGUAUGCAGUACUUCAACUGGGAAGAAUUUGACGACCUGCGUUGUUCACUGGAAGGCGCCCAGUCAGCCAAUGCCAAGUGUUCCCAGGGACGAGUCCCGGCUUACGCCGUCGAUGUACAUACCGUCGACGAUAUCCGAAAGGCGCUACAGUUUGCCACUUCCCACAAUAUUCGUCUGGUCGUCAAGAGUACCGGACAUGAUUAUUUAGGACGGAGUACUGCAGCCGGGGCGCUGAUGGUCUGGAUGAAUAACUUUCAAGGAGAAGUCCAGACGAAAGAGCCUUACACACCAAACGGUUGUUAUGCCAGCGGUCAGUCGGGUAAUCCGGUUGUAAUCGUUCCUGCCGGCAAAGUGUGGAAAGACGUUUAUGACAAGAUUGAAGAGGUUUACAACCAAACGCAUUGGAUUAUCGGCGGAAUGUGCCCGUAUAUCAGUGCCGCUGGCGGGUUCACCCUCGGCGGCGGGCACAGCAUUCUGUCCCCAGUAUUUGGACUGGCCGUAGACAACGUGCUGGAGUUAACAGUAGCAACCGCGGAAGGCCAACAUUUAACCGCCAACGACUGCCAGAACAAAGACCUCUUCUGGGCAAUGCGUGGUGGUGGUGGUGGUACAUUUGGGGUCGUUACAUCAAUCACCUACAAGCUCUUUGCCGUGCCGUACGGAUUUUGGGCGCACUCAUUCGUGAUCGUGAAUGAAAACAGAACGGGAGAAUUAACCGCCGCUCAAUUGGAAAUGGCUGUGUAUAAUUUCGGAAGUAUUGCCCGGUCACUGGAUUCGCUGGACUGGGGUGGCUAUUUGAUUUAUAAUCCAAAAUUUGGAGCCAGCUUUUUGCUGCUGGAACCGGCGUCAUCGGCUGCCCACACACCUACUAGUCUCGGAGAGUGGUUGCGAAUUAAUGUAUUGGUUGACGAGCAGGCGAAGUCGGGAUUUUAUGUGCAGCCAAUCGGCAACGCUUCAUUCUCCCAACAUUUUCCUAGUUUCAAAGCCUGGAAUGCAUGGUCGCGCACAAUUGGGAUCUUGGAAGAUUUCGACUCAUCUGGAUACCGCAUGACGCUGGGCACACGCCUCAUUCCCGUGUCCACCCUCAGUCAACCAUGGCCGUUCGCCCAGUCCAUGGUCGCCGGUAUUUCCAAGAACACCUUAGACGCCGGCUUCACGCUUAUUCGAGCGGCAGGUUCGGGAUUGCGAGACUACGACCGGCAAUCGUUGGAAACCUCAGUGAGUCCAGCGUGGCGCCAGGCCGCAUGGCUGUCCAUCUUAUUCGCCACAUGGAACGCGACAACUUCAACAACAGAGAUCGCAGAAAAAGAAGCGGCACUCAACAGUGGACUGCAAGUGUGGCGCAACGCCUAUCCCGAUUCAGGCGUGUACCAUAAUGAAAUUGGGCUGGGUGAGCCGUACUGGCAGAAAGCCUCGUGGGGUACGAAUUACGAGAGACUGCUCUCAGUCAAACGGCAAAUGGAUCCAAAUGAAGUGUUCCUCUGUGAAAAGUGCGUCGGUAGCGAAGGAUGGGAUUUAUCGGGAUUGCGCACCUGCCGGGUACGCUAAUAUCUCCAAUCACAAUUUUUUGUCAUUAAUUCAUUGCAUUUACCGAUACAUCUAAGGUCAAGAUCGGUUGACUCUGAAGUUUUUUGUUAUGCAAAACAAUUGUUCAACCGACUAAUCAAAGCUGUAUUAUGUGAACGCCUUGCCUUGUUCUUGAUCGAAAACCCACAAUCAUUGUGGCAAAAUAUCGUGACUAAUACCUUCAUUACUGUCCGCCAAAUUUAUGAGGGCAUACUAGCAAAACUUUAACAU